AUGUCCACGGACGCCAAGGCCACUGGGCCGCCACCGCCCCCGCCAGGUUCAGGAACACUCAUUCCCGAGAAUUUCAUAGAUGUACCGUCUCAACGCUUGUAUUUUCUGAGUCUUGGUGUCCUUUGCCAGGCAAUCAAGGUCUUUGACAUCCUUCAACACGUUUUUCUCCCAAAGGAUGCACAGACAAGCUACGGCAGGAAAUGGUUCUUUUUCGAUUUCGUGUAUUGCGUUUCUCUUGCAAAUCUCCGAAUACCAAGACUUAGGUAUAGCAAGUCAGUGGUGGCCCUGCAGAUUCUCUCAUUAUGGAUACUGGAUGGCGUGCUAUUCGGGGGGAUUACAUUCAAUGUUGGAGGAGGUUAUUCUUGGAUGGGAUUGCCCUCGCUCAAUUCUCACCGGGCAGACAUUAUAUCAACAGCCCAACCAUCCGGUCUUUGGUCCUUCCUGCCAAGUCUUGGACUUGGCUCACUCACAAGUUCUGGUGCCGAUCGAGAUGGUCAUUUGCUCGGUCAACAUACUGUCCGCAUGUCUCCAAUCAGCACAGCGAAUCUUAACCCUUAUGGACAGACUUUCUGUCUCGCAGCUCCAGGCAACACCGUUAUCUUACCUAUCUUGCUGAACAACACCAGUCCAUCGGGUAUACAGUAUUCGGUCUCACCACUCGGAGAUACUGAAGGCAAGGUCGAUAUCUUUGAUUUGACUCCCAAGGACUUGAAAUCUUUCGAGCAAACCCGUCUGCGGCAACUUCAGACCGCUGGAAAAACAGUUUCCAAGAAAGAUGCCGAAGACUACAACGAAUACGACGACGAGGAUGAGAGCGACACGCCACCGUCUGACCAAUUUCCACCCUUACAGAAGACUCAAGGCCUCGCUCAUAUCGUGUUGAGUCAACCCGGUACCCUCCGCCUCGAACGCGUGGUAGACGCAUUCGACGUGGAUGCACGGUUGGUUUACCCGAAUGAGGUGACGGUUGCGCCUUGUCCGCGUGCGGAGUUCACUGACAAGGUUAUCGCUCCUGGGGAAGACAUACACUGUGCAACACCAGGAUUAGCCGCUGGUGCAGGCGAGGAGAUGACCCUUGGGAUCGACGUAUUUGGCGUUCCUCCGCUUAGCCUGCGAUGGUACAAGGAAGUUGGUGGACGCCGCGAACAGUUUAUGGUGGAGGGUAUUGAGAGCUCCGAGUAUGGCCUUCGUCGUUCGGUGGACGAAGGGCGGACACCCUCAGGGUUACGUGGUCGAAGAGCUCCCGUGCAAUUGUCGGUUCCCUUGACAGUAGCUCUGGACUCCCUUGGGACACAUUCAUACGUACUGGAAUCCGUCACAGACGGCAUCGGGAACGUGAUUCAAGCAGGUUCCAGUCCGAUUUCGUCUGGCUUUAUUAAUGCGUCGGAGCAAGCUGUCAGCUCUCCAACAUCUGCUGAUUCCAGAGUCACUCGUUCCUUGACUGUCCUCCGCCGCCCGAGUGUCUCGUUCAAAGGUUGUGGCCCUGGAAAUCCCGCUUCGUUACUCAUUGGAUCCGAAGCCCCGGUGACCAUAUCGGCCCUUCAGGCUGAUGCACUCGAUGCUCCCUGGGACGUAACUGUCAAGUAUCAACCACUAGCCGCUGAAAACGGCAAGAAGAAAAGUAGCGGCAAGCGGCAUAAGUCGUGGACCAAGAGCCUGCAGUCCCAGUACGGCAAGACGGACUACACCAUGCUGGUAGACGCCCCAGGAGAAUACACGAUUACGGGGGUCAAAGGAAAGUACUGUGAAGGAGAUAUCCUGAGUCCAGACACGUGCAAGGUCAUUGAACGUCCAAUCCCAACUGCCGAGAUUGAAUGGAAGAAAAUCCAUGAAUGCUCGGGUGACACAGGUGUAUCAGCUUCGCUCGUCUUCCAUGGCACUCCACCUUUCCAGGUCUAUUACCGUAUGCAACGCGACCACGAAGCACCUCGAGAACUCUUCAAGACUUUCACCACUUCGCGGGGUGAACUUACCAUCCAGCCUGAACGUAGUGGACAUUAUGUCUUCAAAUUUGUUCAAUUGAGCGACGCCAACUAUCAGAAGGUGGCUUUGAAGGGCCCCAGUAUCGAUCAAGUAGUGCAUUCACCUGCCUCUGCCGACUUUGCAAAUAACGUUCCAGGUGGUAAUGGAAGAAGGAAGAUUAACAGUUGCUCUGGCAACAUGGUGGAUGUGGACGUUGAUCUGCGGGGAACCAGACCAUGGACUCUCGACGUUCAGGUUGUUGGUCCGAAAGGAUCGGAGAUUGUCCGAGUCGCGAACAUCACAACGUCAAGGCAAACACUUCACUUGCCUAUCCCGAAAGCUGUUGACAAGGACGGUGGUAUGUUCGAAAUUGACCUUGUGAGCGUCGAAGAUGCCUAUGGGUGCAAACGUGCUCUGUCUGUACCGGGUGUUGCGGUCAACGUACGCAGAAUACAGUCCACGGCGAAGUUUUAUGGAGCAGCAGACAAACGUCAUGUCACAAUACUGGAUAAUGAGCAAGCUAGCCUCCCGCUCCGUUUGACUGGCGACGGACCUUGGCAUCUGAAAUACCGUCGAGCGGAAGCACCAGAGCAGGUCUAUUCCGCAAGUGUUUCUUCACCCAAUGGAGAUCUCCGAGUGUUUGACAAGGGCCAUUACGAGAUCCUGGAGGUUGCAGACUCCCAAUGUCCUGGCGCAGUCAUCGCCAAUGAUGCCACUUACAGAGUGGAUCAUGUUCCUAGGCCCUCUGCCAAGCUGUCCUCGCAAAUUCAGUCCACCUUCGAGUCUUUCAAUGGUUCUCAUAUCUUGCCAGCAAUCUGCGAGGGCAUCAAUGACCAUGUUGAUCUUGAGCUUACUGGUCGCCCACCUUUUCAAAUCGUGUACAAUGUAGCGGAAGCUAACGAGCAAGGUGGAACGAACCUACUCGACCAGCCUACCUUUAGCAGUAUUCAGCCGCGCACGAACUUCCAGUUGCAUACUACCAAAGCAGCUCGGAUGUUUUACGAAGUGAAGCAAAUUGGCGAUGCAGCAUAUCCUCUUGGCAAGAACAAUGAUGCUGUGAUACCACGCUCUCAGCGUUUGCUGUUCGAACAACAGGUGUUGAUGCGACCCUUCGCUCGAUUCAAGAAUCAUAACCGCCUCUCAUACUGCCUCAAUGACGCCCUGUCACCACGCGACUCCACCGGUCCGGAUGGGCUAAUAUUGCUCCAGGGCACGCCACCAUUCCAGGUCCGACUUUCGAUUCGAAACCUAGCCACAAGUGAAGUCUUCACGGAAGUAGUCCAGACGCGUGACUCGACGUGGAAACUCAACAUCCCAUCGUACUCCUUCCAUUCGAUUGGUCCACAUCUUGUCAAUAUCGAAUCGGUGGCCGAUGCUUCACAUUGCGAGCAAGCCGCCGCAGAUCCUCUGUACAGAUCAAUUUGGGCGGACGUCGCAGAAACCGCCGCUAUUGUUCCCUUCGACACAAGAACAGAUUUCUGCGUGGACGACAUCAUCCAGUUCCAGCUGGAGGGCACACCGCCAUGGUCUAUCGGGUAUCGCGUCAAUGGCAAGCCCUACACUCAGGAUGUAAAGAUAUCUCCCUUCUCUGUCAUGCAACAGCAUUCUGGCGAGUUCGUUAUUACUUCCAUCGCCCACCAGCAGAAGAUGUGCAAGACAGCAGUCACCGACUUGCGGUAUACGAUUCACCCGCUUCCUUCUGCCCAGGUUGGACACGGGAAGAGAAUUGUGCAAGAUAUUCAUGAAGGUGACCAAGCGGAGAUUGUGUUCACCCUCGAUGGAGAGCCUCCAUUCACAUUUACAUAUCAACGCGCUGAACUCACGUCGAAGUCCGGUGUACAAGGCAAGGUUCUGGAAACGCACACCGUGUCCGGAGUGACCACGAAGGAGUAUUCAAUAUUCUCUGCCCUAGAAGGAACAUGGACCGUCACCUUCAUCUCUGAUCGCUAUUGUAGAUACCCAGCGGCGCAGCCAGACAGCCUCGCAGAAAAAUCACGACGAUGA